AUGGCCUUUAUCGUGUUAAGGAGACAGAACCAGAGCAUGAUCAUGGAGUUUAUCCUCAAAGGCUUCUCAAACCUAAGAGGUCUGCAGAUGCUUCUCUUCUUUAUCUUCCUGGUCUACCUGACCACUCUGAUGGCCAAUGCUACAAUCAUGACUGUCAGUUGUCUGGCCCGGGCUUUGCACACCCCUAUGUACUUCUUUCUGUUUGUCCUCUCCUGCUCUGAAACCUGCUACACCUUGGCCAUUGUACCAAAAAUGCUGACCAAGCUGAUUUCUCCAAGUCCGACUAUUUCUUUCUCUGGAUGUGCUGCCCAGCUCUAUUGCUUUGUGCGCUUGGCUUGUACCAACUGUUUUCUAAUUGCUGUAAUGGGCUAUGACCGCUAUGUUGCCAUCUGCAACCCUCUCAACUACACACUCAUUGUCAGCAGAGCCACCUGCAUGCAGUUGGUUCUAGCCUCCAGCUUCUGUGGUUUCCUGAUCUCUGUGGUUGUCAAUGUCCUGGUGUUUAGUGUACCCUUCUGUGCCUCCAAUCAGAUCAACCACUUUUUCUGUGACAUUUUCCCUGUCAUAAAACUGGGCUGCACAGACAGUAACCUGAAAGAAAUGAUCAUCUUCCUCCUCAGCAUUCUGGUUUUGCUGGUUCCCUUAGUGUUGAUCUUCAUCUCCUACAUCUUCAUUGUUUUCACCAUCCUCAAGAUCUCCUCAGUGGAGGGACAGUGGAGGGCCUUCUCCACCUGUGCCUCCCACCUCACCGUGGUCAUUAUCCACUGUGGCUGUGCUUCCUUUAUCUACUUGAGGCCCACAUCCCUGUACUCCUCAGAUAAGGACCGGCUUGUGGCAGUCACCUAUACUGUGAUCACCCCACUACUCAACCCCCUUGUCUACACACUGAGAAAUAAAGAAGUGAAGGUGGCUCUGAGAAAGGUUCUCAGUAGAUACUCAUUUCCAAAAACUGUAUGA